AAAACUGAGUAGAAGCUUCAGUUGAUUUUAUAACGUUAGCAACAAACGUUCGUUUACAAGGCAAAAGCCAAACAAAACAAAAAAAAACAUGUCGAAAAUUGUUCUCUAUGGAAUUGACAUGAGCCCGCCAGUUCGUGCUGUCCUGCUCACACUCAAGGCACUGGAGUUGCCUUUCGAGUACAAGGAAGUGCAACUGGGAGUUCAAAACCGCACACCAGAAUACCUGAAAAUGAAUCCACAGGGCACAGUCCCAGUACUGGAUGAUAAUGGAACCUACAUACACGAUUCUCAUGCCAUAUGCAUAUAUUUGUGCGAGAAAUACGCCAAAACAGAUGCCAUAUAUCCAAAGGAUUUAGUUAAACGGACAGUGGUUAAUCAGCGUUUGUUCUUCGAUGCCGCCGUUUUAUACAAAGCACUGUGGAAUGUAAGCAGCUCUUUUUGGCAAAGCGGCAUCACAGUGGUCGUCAAGGAGAAGACACGUAAUGUACACGCAGCCCUUCAGCUAACCGAGGAUCUAUUGGCGGAUAAUCUCUACAUUGCUGGCGAUGCAUUGAGCAUUGCUGAUUUGUGUUGUGUUGCCACAGUUUCAUCGGUGCCCGCUGUUUUGGACAUCGAUCCAGUCAAGUAUCCCAAGGUUACCGCUUGGUUGGAACGGUUGAAAAAGCUGCCAUACUACGAGGAAGCCAACAAUGUGGGCGCCACCAAGUAUAAUACUUUUAUGCGCAGCACUUGGACGAGUGUUGAGCUGUAAGGGGGGAAAACAAAAAAAAAAUUAGCCAAAGCAAAUAAAUGUAAACUCUAUUGAAAUAUAUUAUAUCAAAGCUUUUAUUGUAGCAAUCAUCAUCAAUCAACGUAUAAAAUGCUUGUUAUAUGAGAUCACAAGCCAAAGAGCUUUAGUUUAUGUUUGUCUGUGAGCUUGGAGAGGGUGUUGUUUGCCGGCAAACAGUUAGGCGGCAAGCAGUGUGACCAUUAAGAUAUUUGAAAUCAAAGCGGGAACUUUUCGGUAUUUUUGCAUUAAAAGCUACGGUCACCUUGCAGUAGAAGCGAAUGAAAGCGAAAAGGAAAUGAACAAAAGUAACAAAGUUGUUUGGACAGAUGAGAUUUUAUUUUUUUGUCAUCAAACAUGUGAAAGCCGCUCCAUUUGUUUGGGAUCAUGCCCAUCCGCAGUUUACGUUUAAGUCCAGGAAGGCGAAGUUUUGGUCCUUACUAGCCGAGAAAGUGAAUACUUACGGCGGACUCUUUGCCACCACUCCAGUUACAAAGGAGGCACUACAAAAGAAAUGGACAAAUAUGAAGACAUACUAUCUAUUUGAGGAGAGCAAAUCACGGCGCAUUGGAGCGGAGGCCGAUAGUUUCAGUACCACCUGGAAAUUUCGCUCAACUUUAUCCUUUCUCAGCUCAUCCUUGGGAACAGCAGCUCGACCGCAAGCCUUGGGACAAGCCGAAGGUAGCAGUGCUUCCGCCACAAAUCCCAGCGAAGGCAGUUGUGACUUUUCUGAGGAUGAUCCACUGGCAACCCAAGAAGGAAUUCCCGCAAAUAUUACCAUUAAAACAGAAGAGCCUUGUCUGGAUGAAUUAUCCACGGAAGAUCCAUCAAUAUUGCAAGAAGAUGACAACGACAAUGACAAUGUUGAAGAGGAACACACAUUGCCAUCACCGCCUGUUAGAAAAAGAGCAAAAGAUGCUUCAAUGGUGGAGGGUCAAUCAUCUUCUAGGUAUACACACAGAGCUAAUUAUUAUCAUUAUGGUAUGACUGUGGCCCAAGACCUGGAUCAACUCGAUGAGGACUUUAAAAUCGAUGCUAAACUUGAAAUAAUGCAAAUUAUUGCCAAAUACAAAAGGGAACAGUACUUGAAUCAAACCGAAAGCUAAAAAUAAAUUACAAUUAUCAUAAUACAACAAA